UUUGUUCGUCGCUGAUGAGCGAAUGUCCUGCUGCUUUGAUAAACUGCGGCCUCUGUCUGUGUUCGUUAAGCAGCUGGAAACAUGAGCGCUCGAGGAGGAACUCCUUAUGUUGGAAGCAAAAUAAGUCUAAUAUCAAAGGCACAGAUUCGUUAUGAAGGUAUAUUAUCCUCCGUGGACACAGAUAAGUCCACUGUUGCUUUGGCCAAAGUAAAGUCAUAUGGAACAGAGGACCGGCACACCUACAGUCCAGUUCCCCCUAAAGAGGAAAUGUAUGAGUACAUAAUCUUUCGAGGAAGUGACAUAAAGGACAUCACGGUGUCUGAACCAACAAAACCAUUCCACGGGCUCCCUCGAGACCCUGCUAUUGUCCUGUCCCCUCUUGGAUGCUCUUCUGGAUGUCACCCACGUUGGAGCCCUUACAGAGACGUGAUGCCCACCUACAAUCAGCUGGCUACCAGCUCUCUACUCACCCAGCAGUACAAUGCAGCAUUGGGGCUAGUUCCAGGGUUUCACGGUAUCCUUGCCAGAAGAGCUCCUACAGUAGAGCAAGCGGUUCAGACGGUGCCAUUGGCCAGCAGUGCUCAGAAAAAGGGGAAAUCCUCAACUCAGCCGCAGCAGGUCAGACAGACCAAUCGUCCUGCUGUUUCCCAAGUUCAGAAAGAGAAUGUCCCCAGCACUCAAGCUGCAUCGCAGCCAAGUGGCGGCAAGGCACAAGGCAAAAGUACCGAUAAUAAAAAACGAAGGCAAAAACAAGGAAGUCGUUGGUCAAAGAACUGGAGCAGAGGCCAGCUUCCUAUAAAGAACUCCAAGCCUACGACUUUGAAGUUUGAGUCAGAUUUUGAUUUUGAAACAGCAAAUGCUCAGUUUAAAGAUCUCACGGAGGUUUUAGUUCAGAAAGCCCCUGAGAGCCUGUGUACACAAGAGGAGACACUUGGGGACAAGUACUACGACAAGAGUAAGGGCUUCUUUGACAACCUCUCAUCAGACAUGAAGCCCAGGACCACCACAUGGGAAGAGGCGCAAAAGUUAAACCUGGAGACUUUCGGAGUGCAGGGACGUUUCCUCGGAGGCAGAAGAUUCCGGGGGCGGGGUCGCAGAGGGCAGAGCAAAGCUGAACAGCGACUCCUUCCAAAAAUUGAUGGUGGGAGAGUGUGAAAGUGUUGUUUUUUUUUUUUUUUUGUUGUUGUUGGUUUUCCAUGUAAAUAUUGUAGUUUUCUACUUAAUUGCCUCCCCCUUUUUCAAUUUGAAGCACUUGAUGUAUAUUUUUGUUUCUUUAUUCCAAAUAUGCAUUUAUGGGUGCACUGUACAUUUUCUAUAAUCUAAACUGGGAGAAAUUUAUUUUAUUCCAGCACCUGUACAUCAAGUAAAUGUAUUAAUUUGUAGUUCAGCAUGCAACGAAAGAUGUCCUUGAAUAGAGAAUCAAGCAUGUGAUUUAAUUUUGUGCUGUAGGUCUGGAUGUUGUUCUGCACUUGACUGUCCAUGUCAAUCCAAAUAAGUUUUAAGAGGAUGUUCCAAAAUGGAAUGGACAGUCAACAGUACUUUAUUUUCCCAUACCUCUAGUGUUUGUAAAAUACUGGAGAUAAGUGUAGCAGUUGCUAUUAAAUGUGAUUAAUAGAAACUCUUUUCUCCUUGUCACUGUAAAUUCCCUUGCUAGAGCCAAAAUUCUGAGCAUUUGUUCAAACGUCAGUCUGCAUAAUCCACUUUUCCUUCCAGCUUCCACUUUUAUAUUUUUUUAGUCAGUUUUAUAUUUGAGGUGGAUUGCAAAUGGGAGCUAUUUAGUUUACCAUGGGUCUCUAGCUUGCUCAUGCAAUGAUUAAUUGCCGUGGUUAUCAAACCUUUUACACAAAGUAUCACCUAAAAGAAAAUUCAAAGUCCCGCCAUUAUGAGAUUAAAAUACAGUAGUGUAGUAGGUAGUGGUGGGCAAGUGAAGCCUCAUGAAGCAUUGAGGCUUUCCUAACAAUUGUGCCAAAAAAAUUCAAGGCUUCAAUGAUGGGGACAUCUGGUGGACAACUGAAUCCAGAGCAACCUCUAAAGAGCAUGACUGAAGCACUGGCACUGUUUCCCAUGACUGCAAUAAAAGUUCAGAAAAGUC